AGCUUGCGAGCUUUCUAGCAGCAGCCAGUCGCCGGCUGCCGGGCCACGACCUCGCAUCAACCCGGCUGCUCGUUCGAUACUGCGCGCGAAAGAGCUUUCACCCACGUUUCUUCAAUAUAGUCUCUCGAAUUUACAUCCGAGCUUUUGACAGACCAUUGUCUUCUACUACAAUCUUUGUCUAUUCGUGAAAAUGUCACGAAAAGGGACAAGCAAAGUUCUGAAAACUGUGUAAAAAUUAUUAACCGUCCACAAGCUUUCUUACGCAGUGUUAAGUUAUCGCAAGCUUCUGCAGUCAUAUUCAUUAUAAUAACUGUUCGAUUGACUCGUUUGACUUUUUUAUUAAUUUAUUUGCAACGAUUAUAUUCCAUAUAUCCGUGAAAGUAAAAAUUUCUGUAGUGCGCGGACUUUGCCGGAAAUCAGGUGUAAGCUUCAAGCGCGGAAUUCGGACGUGUAAGAAUUUGUGUCAGGGAUUGUGGUAUCGAAGGUUGAAGGUCGAGGUCGGGUGUGAGAAUUACGUCGUACGAAACAAGUGACGCCCAUCGGUUGUUUUUCCGAGGAACAGCGGAGUAUGGCGGAUGGGUGACAGACGCGGGUCCACUGCAGGCUGAAGACGUUUUUCAGCAUUGUUGGGACCAUGUGAGGCUUCGACCAUGAGGAGUGGCGGCCAGAGUGGUGUAUGGACGGUAAGCGUGAUUAUACUGUCGAUUGGCACCUGGGUGGGUAGAGUCGGGCCACGUCCAGCGGAUGGGGAGCUUGCGCUCCUGACGUCGCCGCGUGAGCGAUUGGAAACCGUUCGACAGGUUCUUUCUGAGGUGCCUUUGAUCGACGGCCACAAUGACCUACCGUGGAACAUCCGCAAUUUCCUCCAUAACCAGUUGGCGGAAUUCGAUUUUGACAGAGAUCUGCGUCAAGUCGCGCCCUGGAGCAAGAGCGCUUGGAGUCAGACCGAUCUCGUUAGACUGCGGCAAGGCAUGGUCGGCGGCCAGUUUUGGGCCGCUUACGUGCCGUGCGAAUCUCAACAUCUUAACGCGGUCCAGCUGACUCUGGAACAGGUAGAUCUCAUUAAGAGGCUCAUAGAAAAAUAUUCCCAGCACAUGCAGUUCGCUGCAUCGUCAAGGGAAAUUUUGGAAGCUCACGGGAGAGGCAGAAUAGCUUCCCUGAUUGGAGUGGAGGGUGGGCAUAGUCUAGGAAGUAGUUUAGCCGUUUUAAGAACACUUUACCAACUGGGUGUACGGUAUCUUACACUGACACACACCUGCAACACACCAUGGGCGAAAAGUUCGUCAGUGGAAGACGACGAUGAAGAUGGUGGAGGCCUGACAACAUUCGGCGAAACAGUAGUUAAAGAAAUGAAUAGGCUUGGAAUGCUCAUAGAUCUCAGCCAUACUGCAAGGGCAACAAUGAGGGAUGCUCUAAGAGUUAGCAAAGCGCCACUCAUUUUUUCACACUCUUCUGCAUUCGCUAUUUGUAAUUCCUCUAGAAAUGUGCCCGACGACAUUCUUAAGCAACUUGCUGAUAACGGCGGACUGGUAAUGGUCACGUUUUACAAUUAUUUCGUGAAAUGUGGACCUCAAGCCAGCGUCUCGGACGUGGCCGAGCACAUAUACUACAUUAGAAACCUGAUUGGCGUGGACCAUAUCGGAGUCGGCGGAGAUUUCGAUGGCAUUAACAAAACUCCUCGUGGUCUCGAAGAUGUCUCGAAGUAUCCCGAACUAUUCGCUGAACUUCUCCGGAGUGGCAAGUGGAACGUGCUCGACCUAAAGAAAGUCGCCGGCUUGAAUUUACUGCGGGUCCUCGCACAGGUAGAGCGUGUAAGGGAUGAACUGAGGACGGCUGGGAUUACGCCGCUCGAAGAAUAUCUACCGGACUCGGCGGACACGAUCGGCAACUGUGCUCUGGAUAUUAACUCCGUGCAAAGGGUCACGGAAGUCUGAUCGAUCGACCGUACGCACUGCCCGACGACACGAGAAUUAAUCUUAUACCGGCAUGACCGUUUCGCGCGGAUGGGCAUGGCCGGAAGACAAUUGGUCACGUCGAAAGCGCAAAUUCAAAGCGAAAAUUCGAUUAUCUCGUUCACUACGACCUGUACACUCGCGAAAGUUCUUCGAACCUCGUGCGAAAGCUCAAUUGAACGUCGACAUUUACAAAGGCUCAAAAUAAACCUACCUCGAUACCUAUUUCACAAAGGCGACGAGCAGCGAAUAUCGAUUAUACUUUAUUUAAAGGAGGGUACAUUCCCGCGUUAUAUUAAAAAGUGAGUCGGAAGUUGUGUGUUGUCUAUAAAUAAUUUUAAAAAUGUUAAGUCUCAAGUGUUCAACGUAAAUUCAACGCGGUAAACUUUUGUACUUACAAAAAUCAAAUGUUAAUAAUUAAGGAAAAUCUAUAAAAAAAAUAUUUUUUUUAUAAUACCGAACUUGAAUCAUGUUCUUUUGACAUACAGUGACUCUAUUUGUAAGAAUUAGAUUUAUAAAUUGUAAUACAAUUAGUUGCGGAAUGAUCUGUUCGUCGCCAUUAAUUAUCCGUAAAACAGACUUUUCUACUUGAUAAAAUUCUAGCAAAUCGUUAACAGGCCGGUCAUUACUUUAAGAUCUAUACUAUCUUGCUGCAAGCAUCUUCACGAACAUGUAAAUAUCUAAAUGAUAAGCGAUGCGCCAUCCAAUAUUCGUGUGAAGAUCAAACGUUAUUUCGCCGAUGUACGAGACUGUUUCUAAACUUCGAUGUCUUCCUCUCUUGGAAACGAUCGUAAUAUGUGUGUGAAACUGUGAACCCCGGCUGUAUACCUUUGAACGUCUUCCUUUCCCUCAUUGCACCGACGAAAACACGUAUUCCACAAAGCGAAUGUCUGUAAAAGGAAAAAUUGAUGUCGUGUUCCUACGAGCAGCAUACAUGACACUCACAUUAUUAACAAAAUUUAAAAAUCUCUCCCUUGCAUUUGCAGUUUUUUAAAAUUAUUAUAACUUAUAGUUGGAAGCCUAAUUUUGUUCAAUUGAUCACAUUAUCAUGUUAAAAGAUUUAUAUUUUUAUAUGGAAAGAAUUAAAGUGUAUUGUUUCCUUAUAGUUUAUGUUUAGAAACGCAUUUAUAUUAAUUUUUAUCUCUAAACCGCGUAUGUGUACAGUGUACGUUUUCUAUAAAUCUGUUUUAUAUCUCGGGAAUGAUUUAAAAUAUGCGUGUCUAAUUAAUGAAUAUAAUAUUAGUACAUUAACAUUAUCUUUUUAACAGUUGUUUAAAAAUUAUAAAUUUACUAACAGUUUUUAAAUUGCGGUAAUUCCAAAUGGUUGAAAUUAUGUGUCAAUAAACGAAUCUAUCUUCAAACUUUCUAGUGUCAAAACUCAGACUUACACAUAUCAAAGUGAAAUGUUAAAAUUAUUCAUAUUUGAUGUUUUAUACAGCAAAAACCAUUCUAGUUUUGCACAAAUUUCUCACGAUAAAGCCCGGAGUUAUAGAGCUUAUCAGAAUAUCAGAGUAACAUAUAAUCUGAAGAUGUUGCUCGCAGUGACAGGUAUCGAUGACGAUAUAGUUGAUAUGGACGUACGUGUUUUUCGACGCAUUAUAUGCUGGGCUGCAAUCUAUCGUUAAAACGCAACCGGCAGUCUCCUUGAUCAAAGCAUCAUCUAAAGUCUAAAGACGGGACAUUUGAAAUUGCCUGGAAUAACAGAUCAAUUAAUCGGACGAAAUCGCUUUUGCGUCAGUUUGUUCCUGGUAAUUUUCACAUAUCGCCGUCCACCUAUCUGUGUCUCGUGUGCACUUAUUAUAUAAUUCGCGCAGAAUGAAACCCACGAUCAGAACUGAGAAACAACUCGCAUAAGCAAUCAGUUUGCGCGGAUUAUUCCUUACUCCGUCGUUUGGAGUAGGCAAUAAAUUCUAGGAUAUCAAAAGUUUCGUUGUAUCUCUCGAACGAAUUCUAUAAAUAAAUGUUUCUAUUGUAA